AUGUCAUCCGGCAUUCCCACGAGCCAACCCAAGCCUAUCGCUCAACCCCAAGUUCACUCCCGGCAGGCUGCCCUCAAAGAACGGACAUCUCGCAUCACAAAGAAAAUUACGACGCGAGAUGGAUGGUUGGGGGACUAUGAUUAUGGAUGGCUUUGUAUGCCUGCAUUGCCAUACGCAAAGCAGAAACGAGCGCCGCCAUUCUAUGCUUUAGACCAGGAUCUUCCAUUGAUACUUGCUAUUUCAAGCGGGUUUCAACAUUCCCUUGCUAUGCUUGCUGGUCUUAUCACCCCUCCCAUUAUCUUCGCGUCUGCUUUAAGCCUUGAUGACGAGCUCUCUGCUUAUAUGAUCUCCGCUUCGCUUAUUGGAUGUGGUGAUCUCGUUCAAAUGUCCCGGAUACCGCUUUUCGGCGGUUAUUACCUUGGAACCGGUUUGAUCACCGUCGUCGGAACGAGUUUCGCCACUUUGAGUACUGCCAACGCCAUCUUUGAUGCCAUGUAUACCGAUGGGACUUGUUCCUCCACGACUGCAGAUGACGGAACUGUAACACGCUUGGCUUGUCCAGACGCGUACGGAAAGGUCUUGGGAACCUCCCUUAUCUGUUCAUUCCUCGAAAUAUUCAUGUCAUUCGUACCUGCCCGCAGGCUGAAGCGUAUUUUUCCGCCCAUUGUCACUGGCACAGUGAUCGUUAUGAUUGGGGCUUCCCUUAUCGGAAGCUCUGGCAUCCCUAAUUGGGGCGGAGGUUCCAAUGAUUGCAUGGAUCACCCCACCUCGGGAUAUUUUGAGUUGUGUCCCAACAUUGCGGCACCACGUCCCCUUCCCUGGGGAUCGGCCGAAUUCAUCGGCCUUGGCUUCUUGAGUUUUGUCACUAUAAUGUUAACUGAAAUGUUCGGGUCACCAUUCCUGAAAAACAUCAGUAUCGUUGUCGGCCUCGCCGUUGGCUGUAUUGUUAGUGGUGCUGCUGGAUACAUCGACGGAAGCAGUAUCUCGUCAGCCCCGGCUAUUACCUUCUUAUGGGUACAUACCUUCAAAAUUGGUGUAUAUCCUCCCGCGAUAUUGCCUAUGUUGGCAGUCUAUGUGUCUGUCGCGAUGGAAGCCAUCGGCGAUAUUACCGCGUCUGCUGAAGUCUCAAGAGUCGCAGUCGACGACCUCGAGUUUGACUCUCGGAUACAGGGCGGAGUACUAAGCGAUGGCGUCGGUGGAUUCUUUUCAGCGCUAUUCACCGUAACUCCCCUGUCCAUCUUUGCCCAGAAUAAUGGUGUGAUCGCCAUCACGAGAUGUGCUAACCGCACAGCUGGUCGAUGGUGUUGCUUCUUCCUGAUCCUAUUCGGCGUGCUCGGAAAGAUAUCCGGUGUCUUCCUGGCCAUUCCCAAUCCCGUCCUUGGCGGAGUAACGACGUUCUUGUUUGCCACGGUGGCUACAUCUGGUAUCCGUGUCCUUGCAUACAACGCCUUCACUCGGCGUGAUCGAUUCGUGCUUGCUGCCGCUCUUUCUUUCGGGUUUGGUGACCUGUUGGUGCCUACCAUCUUCGAGCACCUCUUCGAUGGUGUAAACAAUCCAAGCAAGGGCUUGCAAGGCCUGUUCGACUCCAUCACGAUCAUUCUCAGUACACCUUUCCUUGCUGCGGGUAUCAUGGCCGUCAUUCUCAACCUUACUUUACCUCAAGAAUUGGAUGAGCAUGAGCGUGAACAUGACGACGACGACGACGGCGCAGAACUUGCUGAAGUCGAAUCUCAGGAGCACAAGUCUGGCUAG